CAGUGGCGGAUUUAACCCUCUAGGGGCUCUGAGGUAAACCAAAUUUAAAAGAAGUUUAUCCUGACCAAACGGAUGCCUGUUAAACCAAUAGGAAAUUGAUAUUUACGUCUCCAAACGAUCUCUUUAAUCUCAGUUUCUAAAUGAUCUUUAUCCUCCGGGUAAUCUGUCACAAGAUACGCACGAUACGAUGGUCAGUGUAGAAUCGUCUUCAAAACUGUCAUGGUAAGCGAGUCCCGUUCGAUUCAAUUGUUUUUCACGUAUUCUAGUAAACGCAAGGAUCCUCCACAACACUUCAGAAUACAACAUGGAGCGCUCGAUGGCCAUCUCGAACAUUCUAUACGUGUUGAUUCAACAGAUAUCGUACCAGCCAAACUAAAAUCAUAGUCCCAGUCUUCGCCUACCAACAAACGUAUUUUAUGUAAUUCCGAAGAUCGUUCAUCAAGCUUUUCGACAGCCACCUCCCGGUCCUCAUAGCUUUCCGGGGUUUACAGCGUCAUUAGCGUCGAGGUCGCUCUUAUACGCGGUGAUUAGCGAGAUGCUCCUAAUAAGAAGACACGACUCCAGCAUCCCGCUACUGAAACAGUUAUGAUGAAUCGCGACCGCCUAGUCUAGGGUGCACGCAACGCGAAAUGGGCCUUCAAGAAGAAAAGGAAAGCCUCCGGCUGUGGACGAGCGAAUGGGCCAAUCCAACGAUCGAUCGAUGCAUCGUCGUUUUAUUUCGCGUCCAAUUCGUUUGGUUGAUGCCGAAAUCCUUCGUGUGGUUCUUAUUGGAAGGAACUAAUGACACGAUACAGCCGGAGAACGGUUGAAAAGUUUAUCUCAUUCGCGAUACGUUUGUAUUCUAACUGGCCUGUGUUAACCGUCUUGAUAAACUCGACGGAAUCGAGGAAAACAAGAAAGCUCGGAACGAUGCCGUAAGUAGGUAGAAAAAUUAUUCCAUUGGGAAGAAAAAACCGCUAGCGUCAAUGAUUACAGAUUUUUGCGGUCUCGUGGAAUUUGCAUUUUCGAGUAAACAGUCGUGACUGGACACUCUCACACUCUACUUUGUAUUUGUACUUCUAUAAAUGCUAUUGGAGAAAUGUAACGCGACCGGAGAUCUGUUUCACAUAUUGAACGCCAUGAUGCUACACUUUGCAUAUUUUAUAUGUUUCUAUUUGUUUCUUUUACAAGGCUCAGAGCCUCUUACAAGCAGAUCGAUUGGAUUUUUACUUCCAGUUUCUUAUAGUACAGCAGAUUCUUCUAUCGGAUUCCUAAUUCUUACAUAAUGUUGCUAUUCUGUUUUAUUUCUCUUAACGGUUAAUUAGUAGCUAGUAUCGUGUACAUCUAUGCGCUAUAAUCUUGCUCUUUGAAAUUUCUCAUAGAUACAUAAGUAUCCACGUUCUAGCCAUGGCAGAGCUACGCUUGAGAAUGAUAUAGCACGAGCUCAGUUCCGGACAGACGCGAAUUAUAAUUAAACUACGAGAUGCAUCCUUUGAACUUUGUCAGAAAUAAUUUCAGUAAUCAACGAAGCAAAAACAUAGGGAAGGAGGGAAAACUCGGUAACCGAACGUUCGUUCGUACAUUGUUUUGUGCGAGAGUAUUCGAUCGCGAUAAAAGGCUGGUGGAAUGUUGAAACCGUAAAAUCUGGACGAAAAGUAUUCGAAAAGUAGACCUUCGGGAUCGACAGCGAACAGAAGCGGCAGAGGAUUGGUCCGUUCCAUUGAAAAUAGUGCCAAAGGUGUGUGGUCAUUGGCCGUGCGGCUUACCCCCACGUGAAUCCGCAAGCUAUAUAGAACACCUCGCGUGGAAUUUCAUCUUCAGAACUGAGAGUCAGUGUCAAGGAAGUCUACCUGGAAGUAACGAAAAUGAAAUACAAUCAGUACGUGUCGCUAUGCUUGGUGGCGCUUGUUCUUGGACAAGCAGCAUCACUGCCACAGCAUCCUCAAUAUCCGCAACAGUUCCAACAGCAGGUGAGGGACGAGAGGAAAUUCGCGGAGAAGCCAAACGCCAUGAAGAAGGUCGCCCUCGAUGACCUGGACGACAUCAGCACCAAUCAGAUUCAAGAAGGUAGCAGUACCGGGUUUUCGUGGUCGAACAUGCUGAGCAUGCUGAUGCAGAUGCUCUUAGGGCAAACAGGCGGUGUAGCCGGUCCAAGCAAAAACGAGAUCGACGAUGGAGCACCAGCCAGUCCUUGGGCAAAUUUACUGUCAGUAGGACUCAGGGUGCUCACCGCUCUUCUAGGAGGUCCUCAACAACCUGUCGAUGGUAUCGACAAGGUUGACAAUCAGAGCAGCCCCAUGCAGUUCAUUAGCAUAGUGAUCAAUCUUCUGGACGCGUUGAAGACCUCGUUCUCUCAUCGUUCCCUGGCAGCUAGGUCUAUGGGAAGACGAGACACGGUUUCAGAAGCUGCAGUCGCCUCCAUUUCCAUGCUCAAGGGCUACAUGAGGUCAGUGAAGUCAUUUAAUAACGUUGGUCGUGCGGAAGAUGAAGGUCAACGAGGCUGCGCCGAAAGAGCCCUCUGCGAGGCCAGUGCAGAGUGUGUUGCAGAUGCUCAGGGGACGUCUUCUAUCUUCUGUCAACUUGGAUCGUACGCGACAAGUUACCUGCUCCAAAGGCAGAGCGGAGUAGGUUUCGAAGCACUGUACGAAGCAGGUCGACGCGGACGCACCGGUGAAGAUUGCAGAACCCUGUUCAUGGACUGCAACGCCGUAUGAAAACCCUUUUCGAUUCCUUCAAGUACGAUUUAGACUUUCUGCGACGCGACUAACACCGCACUCGGUUAUUCCUAACUUCUCUAAAUUAAACUCAACGAGGAAUUCCGUUUAAAACGAUCAUUCCUUCGUUAAAAGAUUUUCUAUUAACUUUUGGAGUGUCUUGGCCGGGUUUAAAAUCGUCGUGUGCCGAAGUUUAAAUCGCACCGAUGGAAGAGUAGCUUUAUACGCGAGAACCGUGUCGAGACCAAACCAGAAUGGUGAUCCUCUUCUCGAAGCUCUCGUUCGACGAACUUGCCUCAUCGAUCGACCAAUUUUAAAUUGGAACAUUUAGAACCGAGACUCAGUCGAAGCGAAAUUAUAACGAAAGUAAGACCCGAUCUGAAUUGACGAAAUCAUAGGUUUUAUUGAUCGAUUAAUGAUCAGUUUUUAAUACAUUGUUGACCAGUCACUAGUAAACUCGUGUUUACACGCACGGACGUUGUGGCUGGUGAUACAGGCGUUCAUCUUUGGAUAAAAUAUCAAGCAGUAUGCAUCAAUGUUUGCAUAAAAUAGCUAGUGAACAGUGUGUUAAUUUAUUGGUCGAUCAACGUGUCCGACAGCGUUGCUAUUAAUUGGUCGAUAAUCCGUAACGAUUGAUAAAACUCUCCGAGUUCUCUGGGAUGUGGAAACGUUCCUGGCGGAUCCUGAGAGUUCAUUUACGUAAAAGGAGUUCGCGACAGAGAGGAAUACGCGUGAGAAGAGGCCGUGCACGAAACAAUGGCGAGAGUAUAAUACAUUUUAAAGUAGAUGUAGACUGAAUGAGAUUCCAGGGCCUGGACGAACUGUGUACCGUUUGGACAGGUCUCUACGACAAUCACGAUAUUUAUUUCUAUUUAUUGAACUUAGUGGACAUAGAGUUAGCCUGUAGUCGAGACUCGAACAGCUACCACGCAAAGGGAGGACCCGUUCUUUUCCUUGAAAAUCAAUUAUCGAACGUUAAUUGUAAUAUCUGCAUUGUUAAUCUCUGUUUGAAUUGAAUCUGCGUUUUCUUUUUGCCACGAUCCGAGUCGACAUCUUCAAUAUUUAAUCUCUAGCUUGUUCGCAUUUAGCGAGACAGUUUCUUCGUUUCGGGGAGGAAGACGAGCUUUGAGUUGUCGGAUGUUUUACGUUUGGUAAAUCAGAUUGACGAGUUUCUUCGAAUCUUUUUUUCUGGCUUGUUCCAAUGGGAUUCGAGGAAAUUCGUACGUUGGAAUGCCCCUCCCUAGUUUUCUUUUUUACGAGUUAACGUCUCAGGAUAUUGUGUUUGUUUUAUCACCCGCUCAAAAUUAUCUAUUGUAUAUAGGUAUUAUAUAUGUAUACACGUAAACACACACACACAAACAAACAAACACACGGGUGGAGUUUUUUUCACAAUAGCCACGUUCUGUUCUAUUUAGCUCAGUUAGCGUAUCUCUUAGACGUAAGUUGUAUGUAUGAUGUGCGGUACGAUGAUAUCUCAAUUGAAAUUAAUAAACGGUCUUAUUGAUAAA